AUGUCUCUCAAGCGCAAGGCUUCCUUCUCCGCGGCCCCAUCGCGCCCAUUCGUACCCAUGUCCUGCGAACUGGACAUGGUUGAUAGCUCCAAACACCUCCACAGCCGAACACGAAAGCGUUUUCGUGACGGCCGCCCCGAUGACGAAGUAGUAUAUGCGAAAACACUCCGUUGGAUCUUCUCAGCACAGCAACAACCGACUGAAGUUCCGAUGGACAUAAGCGAAGAAACAAUAGAGGACGCUCCAGCUCUAUCUUCCGAAACAAUCGAUCCUCGACAACACACAUUAAUGCGGUUUUUCAAGCCUCGAACACAGCCCACGGUUCAAUUCAAACCAUCCCGUGAGGCUCUAGUGCCCCGUGCAAAUGAGACCAGCAUGACUCAGGAUGAGGCCCAGCGACGCGCCGCAUUUCAGCAAAUGACUGCCGGUGCCGGCUCGACUGGAAGUGAGACGAUGAGCACGGGGUUCAACCAAGUGGGUACGGAUAUGGAUAUGGAUAUGGACAUGGACACAGAUGAGAGCAGCGAAGGCUCCAAUCCAUCUCCCAACGCGGGAACAACGGCGUGGAUGUGA